GCGACUUGUGUUUCACAUCCUGCUUUGUGCUGCGGCAGGCUGUUUGUUUGUGGAGUCUCAGGUCGCGUCACGGCGAUGAACGGCGAUGUGACCGAAGCGACUUUCUUCACCCGAAGACAGGCAGCAUAUGGCGAUAAACAGCAGGGAUGAGGACAUUGUGAAAGUCCAGUGUGGAGCACAGAGGAGCAGGAGGCCACAGAGGAGGGGGCCCAGCCACUCUCACAGCUCAGCUAGGGCCUCCGCCACAUAGAUGGAGCGGCUCCACUGGGUGCAGCAUCGUUGUCGGCAGCUGCUGGCGGGAAACUCAGGCAGAGGCUGGUACUCUGCCCCCGAUGGCCUGCCCAACAAAACCUCCCUGGAGGCCCACAGCUCUCCACAGAGAGCCAGUGGGAAGCGAAGAACUGUUUUUGCCCGCCAUGGGCCCCACCAAGAGGAGUACGAAGCAGUCUCCAAAGGCUACAAGGGCAACGCCAUCCGCACUACCAAGUACAGCUUGUUGACUUUCAUCCCGAUGAACCUGUUCCAGCAAUUCCACAGGGCUGCCAACCUCUACUUCCUGUUCCUGGUGUUACUGAACUGGGUGCCAGUUGUUGAAGCCUUUCAGAAGGAAAUUACCAUGAUUCCUCUGCUUGUGGUUCUCAUUGUUAUUGCCAUCAAAGAUGCCCUGGAAGACUACAGACGCUACUUGUUCGACAAGAAGGUCAACAACAAUCUAGUGCGAGUGUUCUGUGGCAAGCAGAAAACCUACAUUGACCAGUGCUGGAAGGAUGUGCGAGUUGGAGACUUUGUCCGUCUGUCCUGUAAUGAAAUCAUCCCAGCUGACAUGCUGCUGCUGUAUUCCUCUGACCCUCGUGGGGUUUGUUAUAUCGAAACCGCAAACUUGGAUGGAGAGACCAACCUGAAACAGAGACAGGUGGUUUCAGACCUCCCACCGCAAGGAGUAGAGUUUAACCUCGAGAACUUCCAUAGUCGUAUUGAGUGUGAGAAUCCCAACAAUGACCUCAGCAGGUUCAGAGGUUACAUGGAGCACCCCAGUGGGGUUCGUGUUGGCCUCCACAAUGGCAACCUCCUGUUGAGGAGCUGCACCAUCCGCAACACUGAGACCGUGGUGGGCAUUGUGGUCUAUGCUGGUCAUGAGACUAAAGCCAUGAUGAACAACAGCGGGCCGAGGUAUAAGCGCAGCCAGCUGGAGAAGCGUCUGAACACAGAUAUCCUGUGGUGUGUGCUGCUGCUUAUCAUCAUGUGCCUGACAGCUGCUAUAGGUCACGGCCUCUGGCUGAAGAACCUCAAAGAUCCUAUCUUUCUGGUUGAUAAGGAGACAUCUCCUGCCCUAGCUGGAUUCUAUGUCUUCUGGACAAUGAUCAUUGUGUUGCAGGUGCUGAUCCCCAUUUCUCUGUACGUGUCCAUUGAGAUUGUGAAACUGGGCCAGAUUUACUUCAUCAACAAUGACUUAGCCCUCUACAACAAGCAGCUGGACUCCAGGAUUCAGUGUCGGGCCCUUAACAUCACUGAAGACCUGGGUCAGAUCCAGUACCUGUUCUCUGAUAAGACAGGAACUCUGACAGAGAACAAGAUGGUGUUCCGCCGCUGCAGUAUCUUUGGAGUUGAAUAUCCUCAUGAGGAAAAUGGUCGGAGGCUGGAGGUGUACGAGGCAGAGAAAAGUGAGGCGGCCGGUCGCUCUGUGACUCUGAAGUCGGGCUGCAGCGGUAAAUCUCUAAGCUGUCGCUCUCUCAGCUGCAAACACAGCUCAGUGUCUCUGCACACACUCACCGCUGAGUCGGAGGAGGAGGAAGAACAUCUGUCCAGUCACAUGCAGCCCAGGACCAGUGCCUUCUGCAGCCGCGUGGCGAGGGAAGUGAUGCCGGACCCCGAGCUGGUGAGGAAGUUGAAUUGGCUUUGCUCUCCGGUGCUGGCUCUGAGUGACGGCUCCUCUGGGACUUCAUCCAGCCUGGAGCUCACCUACAUCACUGACUUCUUCCUUGCUCUGGCCAUCUGCAAUAGCGUGGUGGUCUCCUCACCCAGCCAGCCUCGACACGUGGUGCCUGAGGCACGAACACCUCUCAAGUCCCUGGAGGAAAUCAAGCUGAUGUUCCAGCGCCUCAGCUUCUCUCCUUUCUCAGCCCUCUCCACCCUGUCUCCUCCCCUGAUCAAAGGCAGCCCUCGCAGCUUCACCAGCAGGCUGUUUGCCCGGGGGAAGACCGGCUCCUUAACCCUCUCCACGCCCACUAACAGCACCACAGAGGGCUCAGAAGCAGGCCAGGAAAGCAACAUGGAAAACUCCAACCUGAGGCGUAAACUGGAGUUACCUUCUGGAGUGGAAGGAGGAGAUGCUGGACAGACAGAGGACAGGGAGACAAUGGACGAUAUCAAGGAUACAAAGGCAAACCCUGGCGGGUCCAGGCAGGAUGUGGAGGACAUUAUAAGAGAAGUGGACAGUGAGAGCGACACUGACGACGAACUUCUGUACGAGGCAGAGAGUCCGGAUGAGGCAGCUCUGGUCCAUGCAGCCCAGGCGUACCGCUGCACCCUGAGGGGACGUUCUGCAGAGAGCCUGCUGGUGGAUCUGCCAGGACUUGGCUCUCUCGCUGUCCAGCUCCUCCACAUCCUGCCCUUUGACUCUAACAGGAAGAAGAUGUCAGUGGUGGUCCGCCACCCACUCACAGGACAGGUGGUAGUUUAUACCAAGGGUGCUGACUCUGCCAUCAUGGAUCUGACUGAGACACCUAAAGGUGCAGAGCAAGCUCAGGAAAUCUACAGUCACAUCAGAGAGCAAACCCAAAAACAUUUAGACAGCUACGCCAGAGAAGGCCUCCGCACACUCUGCAUCGCUAAAAAGGUUCUGGAGGAGGAGGAGUAUGAGGUGUGGCUGAAGAGACAGCUGCUGGCAGAGAGCAGCAUAGAGAACAGAGAAGAGCUGCUGCUGGAGUCAGCUGAGAGACUGGAGACCAACCUCACCCUGCUGGGCACCACAGGGAUCGUAGACAGACUGCAGGAGGAGGUCCCAGAGACCAUUGAAGCUCUUCAGAAGGCUGGCAUCAAAGUAUGGAUCCUCACAGGAGACAAAAAAGAGACGGCCAUCAACAUCGCCUAUGCCUGCAAACUGCUUUGUCCAGAUGAUCAGCUGCUGACAGCCAACUGUGGAAGCAAGGAUGCGUGUGCAGCUAUACUUGAGGAGCUCAAACUGGAAGUGCAGCGGGGUGAGAACAGUUUGACUGAACUGACUGCAGCAGGGAAUCCUCAUGGGGAACCCUCCUCCAGCAGUGUGGGAGGCUUCAUCCUAGUUAUAGAUGGCCGGACGCUGGACUGGGCCCUGCAGGAGGAGCUGAAGAGCGACUUCCUGGAGCUGAGCUGUAGAUGCAAGGCAGUCAUCUGCUGCAGGUCCACUCCGCUGCAGAAGAGCCAGGUGGUCAGGCUGAUCCGGGACCAGCUUGGCGUCAUGACCCUGGCUGUGGGUGAUGGAGCCAAUGAUGUGAGCAUGAUUCAGGUGGCUGAUGUGGGCAUCGGGAUAUCUGGUCAGGAGGGCAUGCAGGCUGUGAUGUCCAGUGACUUUGCGAUCUCCAGGUUUAAACACCUCAGUAGACUGCUGCUGGUCCAUGGCCACUGGUGUUACUCUCGUCUUGCAAACAUGAUCCUCUACUUCAUCUACAAGAAUGUGAUGUAUGUGAAUCUGCUGUUCUGGUAUCAGUUCUUCUGUGGUUUCUCUGGGAGCGUCAUGACCAACGCCUGGGUGCUCAUCCUCUUCAACCUGCUCUUCACCUCUGUUCCUCCUCUCAUCUAUGGCGUCCUGGACCAGGACACGCCAGUAGACACUCUGAUGGAGCUGCCUGAGCUCUACCAGGCUGCCCAGAGCUCUAAGGUCUAUGCUCCCUACAUCUUCUGGAUCACAGUCCUGGAUGCAUUCUACCAAAGCCUCGUCUGCUUCUUCGUGCCUUACUUUGCAUUCGCAGGAUCCAGCAUCAGUGAGCUGUCCUUUGGCUCGCCGAUCAAUGCCUCAGCUCUCCUCAUCAUCCUGCUGCACCAAGUCAUCGAGAGUCACACUCUGACGUGGAUUCAUAUGCUGGUGUUGGUGCUUAGUGGUGUUUCCUACUUUGGCUUCGUGCUGCUCUUCAGUGUGUUCUGUGUGACCUGCAGCCCCCCCACCAACCCUUUGGGGGUGGAAACACUUGAGAUGUCCCAGCCUCUUUUCUACAUCGUGUGUGCUCUCACUACAGUGAUGGCUCUGUUACCCAGGCUGUUGUUUCGAGCUCUGUACAACUCCUUACACCCCUCUGCUGUUCUGAAGUCGGCUCACAUGGACAAAGCAGAUUCAGAGAAGUACCGCAAGAGAAUGCAGCGCUGGAACCUGAGCCAGUCUAGAGUCAACAGGCUGCCUGUGUGUGCUGACAACCCCGGCCUGGAGCCCAGCACAGCCUCAGUGGUGUCCUGACCUUCCUCUACACACACACACACACACACACACACACACACACACACACACAGGCAAAGUGCUGCAUACCCCUGGAGCAGUCAGACUCGUGACGUGGCCAGGGAAACAAUGGCCUGACAGUUCUAAGACUGUUGAUGUUGACAUGCUGGAUUCAAAUGGCUAUCGGUGGUGCUGUAAAAGGCCAUGUAUGGAUGUUGCACUACUCCACUGCUCAGCUGUUUCUGAGCUCUGCUGAAAGACUGCUCUUUUUGCUACAUAUCAUCAGCCAAAGAACUAUAGUGAGACUGAUUCACUGUAAGCAAAAGCAUGUUUUGAUACGGCAUGUUCUUCUCACUGAGUGAAUCAGAAUGAUGAGUAUCUGUUUAAUAUCUCAUCAAACUUUUACAGGAACAGAAGCUGUGGAACAUGACCAUCAUGUCAAAUAUGCAGAGACAUUAAUAUUUCUAGGAGCUGUAUGCAUCAUUCAAGCACCAGGAAAUCAUCAGCUUAUUAAUCCUCUGACAUCCAUCAUGAAGGAAUGACAGCAGUCUCUACUGGUCAUCAGUGUGUACUACAGUUAACACUGAGGGCAAACACACUGGACUGAUAGGCUACAUUCACACUGCAGGGCAAAGAGACCAAAUUAGAUUUUAUUUCCUAGGGUUUGUUGUUUGUUUGAUAUUCAUCAUGAUACUGUAGUGCUCACUACAUGCAUGUUAGAUGAAAUUGGUCAAACCGCAGUUUCUUUGGUUAACUUUCAGAAGAGCACGAGUGUCACAGUUGUAAUGUGAGUUAUUUUAUGGGCCAAAAAAUCUGAAAUUUGCAUCACAGCUGUAACAAAUGAUUUAUGUGUAUUUAUUUAUUUUUUGAAAGGCAGCAGAGACAGAAACACAGCUGACAUGUUGAAGUGAUAUUGCAACUGCAAAAUGACCAUUUGUAUAUCAGUUACUCACUGUGUGUGUAACGUUGGAUUUGUGAAGAGAGCUUCGUUUUUCUUGCAUGCCUCCAUGGAUAAAACCAAAAAAGGCAAACAUUCUUCAUGAAUUAAGUAAACCGGGUCUGCAUUUAACAACAGCAAAGCCAUAUCAAAACAUCUGUUUACAAACUCUCCCAAAACUCAUACAGUAUAAUGCAAGUCUUCUUCAUCCCACUAUAUGGUUAGUACUUUUCAAACACAUCCUGAACUGAUAGUAAAACUUAUGUAUGCUCUCUUCAGUGCCAGACUCCAUUAACAAAAACAGUAAUUUUACCAUGCUGAACAUGAGAACUGUGUCUACAACUGCCUCAAUCAGUUAGUUUGUUUGUGUUACUGUGUGACUUUGGUGAAUACAAACUAAUCAUUUAAGACACCAAAGUCACACAAUGACAAAAACACAAAGUGACUGACUGAGGCAGCGGUAGAGCAGCAGCUCCUGUGUUCAGCGAGGUAAAAUUACUGUUUUUGUUAGUGGAGUCUGGCUUUGAAGGGAGCAUAGAUAAGUUUCCCUUUUAGUUCAGUUUUAAAUAGGAAUUUUGUGUUUGGGAAACACUGAGUAUAUGACUGGAUAAAUGAGACUUGGAUUAUACUGCACGAGUUAUGCAGGAGUUUGUAACGAGCUGUUUUGGUGUAGUUUUGCUGUUGUUAAAUGCAGUUUACUUCAAUUCAUGAAGAACGCCUGUCUUUUUUUGAUUCUCCAUUCACAGUGGAGGCAUGCCAGAAAAAAGGUUUUCUUCAAAAAUUCAACAAAACACCUUCACCUAACUGAAGUACACAUGCUCAUUUUGGAGGUGAAGUAUUCCUUUAACAAACAACUACUUAGACAACAAGGAUUCACAGAGCAGCAUUAGCAUCCCAUUAGAGUGGUGUUUGUGUCCACCUGAUCUUCAGUCUUAUUGUCGCUCUGGUUUGGUCCUCACCAAAUGGUUGAUCCAUGAGCAGAAACAGGUUACUACUGUAUCUACUGUGUUAACAUCACACAUGCUGCUUUACUCAACUGAAAGAAACAUUGCAGUGUGGAUGAAGCCCAACAAAUUGUGUUUAUUUAUUUGCAGUUCUCGUGUUGCUGUAUUCAGAUUCCCUUCAGUAAGUUUCUAUCUAAACAUGGAGGACAUGACGGUUCUACAUCAUGGGAUAGAGACUUUGCACCAGCUGCACCAACAAGGAUUGAACAUAGAUCACGUUCAAUCAAGAUGUAAAGGUGAUUGUUUUUUGUAGUAUUCAUAUUUUAAUCCAUGACUAAAUCAAAUCAGAUUAAAGAUUGGUUUCUUCUUUUCUUUGCUACGUUUUAAAUUUCACGAGGUUGCAACAAAUGCAUCAAAUGCACAGUGAUUGAUGAUUUAAGGGCAGGCUCAGUGACGCCGUGUUUGCACGUCGUACCUCUGUGACUGCAAAUCAUGUUUACUUUACAUUUUCACACACUGUUUUCAAAUGUAUCCUGUACAGUUUUACAUUGUUGGAGGUAUUGGUGCUAUUGUUCAUGGGUUUCCAUUUAAUCCUGUAAAGUAUAAAAAUCAGUUGGAGUUGUGCAGUCCGUCACAGUGAAGAUUAGCUUACAUUACCCUAACAUAGUAAUGCAGUUUAAGCACUGAUUAAUUUGAAAAGCAUUACCUCUUACCGAUUGUGCAACAAUGAAUUGAGACUUGAUGUGGACUGUGAUGGAUUGCAGCACAGAAACAUCUGCCAGUUGAUGUUUAUGUUGUAUAAAAAGGAGUGGGAACUGAUGGAUGCUUGGGGAAAAAAUCUGAAUGAUUAAGGCUGACUUGGACUAAUGCAGAACCACUGGUAUGUCUCUCAAGUGUCAGUUUGGUGUUUAAUGGCAACGCCUAGCAUGGUAGGUCCACUGCCAUCAGUGGGUGUGAGAGAGUCUGUAAAGAAGAGGAAAUCGUGAAGCACUUUAUCUGCUGUAGUGGAAAAGGCACGCUGACUUUAUUAUCUUUAUCGCCUUAAACUAGGGCUCUGCCGAAUAUCUUGUUUUUGCCUCUGCACUGGCAACAGCUGCAGCCGAAGGCUUCAUGUUUUUGGCUUGUCUGUCGGUCCUAACAUACAUCUGUCCAUCCAUCCUCGGGGGAAUUUCUUCAGCUUUGGCACAAAUGUCCUCUUGGUAUGUACAGCAGGCGUCCCACAUGUGAAGGCAGUGCUCUUGCCGCAGCCUGUAGUCCAUUGCUGUAUGACCCUUCACUUUUGGUGGUCAAAAGUCAAGGUCACUGUGACCUUGCACUCAUCUCAUUCUUAUGAAUGCAAUAUCUUAAGAACACCUAUAGAGAAUUUUUUAAAAAUUUGGCACAAACGCCCACUUCAGGGAUGAAUUCACUAAAGUUCGGGGGUUGAAGGUCAAAGGUCAAGGUCACUAUGGCUUCACACAACAUGUUUAUGGCCAUAAUGCAGGAACUCAUAUGCUAAUUAAGACAAAAUUUCACAGUGUCAAAGGUCAACAUCACUGUGACAUCAUAAUGUUCUGCAAAAACACUUAGCUGGCAAUUUCUCAGUGUCACAUCUCAGGAACUGAGGGGGAGACAUCUGGUCAGAUUGGUGACACUAAUCUUGAAAACUGUGCUGAAUUCUAGUUUUACAUUCAAAGCUUCUAUUGAGGUUCUUGAAAGAUGCUUCAAAUGUCUGUCGUCACAUUUUAUAACGUCUUCAUCAUUCAAAAAAAUUCUCAAAGAAAAACCCCCAGUUUGAAAAAAGUAAUUAAUCCCGUCAAAUAAGUUAGUCUUUUUUUUCUAAUCAAAUCAAAUGUCUUUAAUGAAUGACUGUAAUUUAUUGUGCUGCACUGUUAAUACAGGUGUGUCCCUCCCUUUGUGUGUGAGUGUUUUGACCGCAGUGAAAGCGUUGUUUUCAAAAGGCUGAACCACAACAAAUGUGGAUUGAAGCAAAAUGUUUUUUCGAUAAAAACAUCAGUGAAUUUUGGAAAUUGCUGUAUCUGUCCCUUUUCAAUACAUUUUGACUUUUGGACCUGGACAACGCUCUGUAGAAUUAGAUUCCAGUGGUGGCUGUGUAGGAUUGUUUCUGACUCAUGAUCCAAACAUUUCCAAUAAUUUCAUCUAGUUUAAUACUUGAUAAUAAUACUAGUGGUGCCUAAUCUUUAUCUGCAACUGUGUAGAAAUACCAGGUUUAGACAGAUGCAUAGAAAUGCAAAGAAACCCUGAAAAAACAUUUGCAUGUCAACAUUCUAAAUAAAGCUUCAAACUGUUUAGUACAGCCCUACCUUUACCACAUCUGUCCCUGGACGCUACUGUUUAGACAACAAAUAUAUGUUUAUGUUCAUGAUUCAAGUCAAGUCCUUUUUAAUUAUGUAGCCCAAUAUCACACAUUUGCUUCAGAGGGCCUUAAAAUCGGUACAGGAAACCACACCCUCUGUACUUAGACCCUCGUGGUAAUAAUAGACAGCCCUGCGAGAUAAGAGAAGUUUGAUGUGGAUUUGAAUGAAAUGCUGUAAAGACUCAUUUUGAUGUAAAUACCAUAAUAACAAAAAUCACCCUCCCUAACGAUAUCAAGAAGGAACUCAGUGUGAUGUAGUGGUUGUUGGUGCAGCCCAUCAUAUGAACACUGGUUUUGCCAGUCAGGUUUAAAGUGAAGUGACCUUACUGCUUCUGCACGUCUGCACGUUGGUAGCAGUAAAGCAGGUGAUAACACGAAGCCUUAAAUUUGAUGCAAUACUUUCACAUGUCAGACUUUCUGAAAAAGCCUUAAUGACCAAAGUGCAGUCACUGAUGAGGUUUUGUAUAUUGUGUAAUAAGUCUGUUGUUUUUUUGGAUGUGUGAUACAAACUUCCAAUGACUGCCUGUACUGUUUGAGACGAUGCAAUAAACAGAUGUUCAGAUC